UGUUUUAUAGUUAGGUACUGUUUUCAAUAAUAAGGAAAACUCGGAAGACAUACAAAUAUCUAGAAGACUUGAAGAAUAAUUCAAUUACUUUCGCCCAAAAAGAGUUUGUGUUCGUAACCGCUUCAGGGCAUGUAAACAAAUCGAACACAAAUCGAAGAUGGAGACUUCUGGGCUCGAGUUACAUUCAUGAAAUCCACGCCGGACCUCUCUUUCACUGAUAUGACAAUGGCUUGCAUGAGAAAAGGUGGUGGUAAAGGGGUACAAGAGGGAAGAAGGAAACGCCGAUCCUGAUGGGAGGUGUGUUGGCGAAACGACAAGGGGCAGGUGGUGGAGGCGGUGGGUCAGGCCCUAGUUUCAGAGGGCGAAGAGGCUUACCCCUGCGCCACAGACACAGCUUCUCUGAGUUCAGCCUUGUGGACAUUGCUACGAACCUGACACAUCGUUUCUCUGUCUUAAGUGGCCUUUCCGUCAUUUCCUUUGUCUCGGCACCUGCAAAUGAAUCUAAUCGUCGACCAUGGUCUAGAGUUUCAAGGAAAAGGUGGCAUCAGUCAACAUUAGAGAAUGAAUAUGCGCACAGCAAGACAGUCUGGCCAGUGGCCCAGACAGAAGCUCUGUUCUUACCAGAAUUUCCUGUUGGAAUAGAGGAGAAGUUGAAGUUAAUUUUUUUAGGUGAAAUUAGCAGAGGAGCUUUUGGUCAAGUGUUUCAUGUGAGAUGUGCAACAACAAACAAAGAAUAUGCCAUGAAAGUUCUAUCAAAGUCACAGGUGUGCAGCUUAGAUGCUGUCAGCCAGGUGAAACAAGAAGUUAUGAUUCAACAUGUGUGCAGCCAUCAUCCCUUUGUCACACCCCUUGUCCAUUAUUGGCAGACUCGCAAGUUGCUGCUUGUUAAGGUUUUCCACACACUCCCCAUGUGCACACGUUGGAAAGAGAUAGAGAAAUAUGAAACCGAAGUCAGAUGUACUGAGGUGUGCAGCUUAGAUGCUGUCAGCCAGGUGAAACAAGAAGUUAUGAUUCAACAUGUGUGCAGCCAUCAUCCCUUUGUCACACCCCUUGUCCAUUAUUGGCAGACUCGCAAGUUGCUGCUUGUUAUGACAGAAUUUGUGGGAUAUGGCGAACUGCAGCAGCUGUGGCGAUCCUUAGGCAGACUCCCAGAAAACCUUGUCAAGAUCUAUUUGGCACAGAUUGCACUUGCACUUGGUAAGGUUUGUAGUUUUUGAAGUAUAUAUGAUAUUGCGAAUUGUUAUUUGGUUGUUGCCUUUUAUGUAUUGAAUGAUAAAGAAUGAUUUAUGAACAGAAAUAACAAAACUGACUGAUUAUGUAGUUUUGUGAUAAAGCAAUUAGUAGUCCUGGACAGAGAUCAUAUGCAAAUCUUACAAGAAAGUUCUUAAAACAUUUGCUUAAGUCUUAAUGUAAAUAGAUAUACCAGGCAAGUAUUUAUUCUCUGAACUACUAAAAAAAAUUGUUUAGAAGAAAUAAUAGUUAUAGUACAUCUGAUAAGAUACUUAAAAGGGCAUAUGGUAGCAAUCUGCAAUUCCCAGUAUCAUGGAUAAUAGCCUCAACUAUUAUUUUUCUUUCCUUCUUAUAUGUUAACAGAUUCUGGCCAUUCUUAUAUAAUAAUGGAUUAUGGCCUGAUUUCCUUAUAAGUAAAAUGCAUGUAUUAUCAUAGUAACAAACAGAUACCGGUGAACGUCUUGGAAUGUUACAGGGUAUACAUUUCCAAUUUAUGUCACAAAACAUGACCACACUUUUAUUAGUCAUGAUUUGAUACUUUACAUUGUAAAUCUGCCACCUUACACCUAGUAUACCAUGACUAAUGGGACUAUAUCACAGGUUUAGAUUUUUAAAAAAAUAUGAUGAUAAAUGACUUUCUAUAUUUUAAAAUUCUCAUGCAUCCUGCAUGAGGAUUUAUAUACAUUGUGCAUAUGGAAUUUUGUUCUUCAAUCCAGAUAUAUGUACACUUAAUUCCUGGUGACUUUAUGGGGGGUAGUUUAUAAUAUCACUUGUAAUCCACGAAAAAGGUACAAUCUAGUAAAAGAUGUUUAUGAUUGUAUGACUACUGAUGAAAUGAUGCCUCAGUGGAUGGAUACAAAAUGCAAGUGAAUCAUUUAAUUAGGAUUUGCAAGAUAUGUCCAAAUUAAAUAUGUGACCAUACCUACAUUGGCAGUUGCAAGUGUGGUUAUGCUGAAGUUAUUUUGCAAGACAUUUAUUUUUUCAUCAACAAGACUGAAGAAUAGUUGCAAAACUAAAAUUAAUAAUAAGAAAUCAGCAUUUGUAGCAGAAGCUACAGUACACAUUUGGUAGAUACUUAUCAUAUGUUUUUAUUUUUCCUCAGAACCUGAGUUUUUACAUUUAAUAUCCUGUGUAGCUUUUAAUUUUAUUAUAUCUUUCUUUGUUUUAAUUGGUCACUGAAAUUGCUUUAAUGAAAAUGUUUGAUAUUUGACAUUAUUUGAAUAGCUAAAUUUAUGUAAGGUGACCUAAUUUAACUCAUUGGAUUGGAGCAUUAGGCUUACUUGAUUGACAGCACUCCUGGGUGUGGCAUGUAGACCAGACCCUUGUGAACACUCAUUUGCAGUAUCAAUACUCCUUGCCUCCCCUUUGCAAUGUUAUCUCUCUUUUUGCAUUAGCAUUUUCUUGUUGUUUUGAGCAUUAGACUUACUUGAUUGACCACUGUCCUGGCAUGUGGCAUGUAGGCCAGGCCAAUAUGAACACAUUUGCCUUAUCAAUACUUACCUCCCGUUUGCUAUGUUAUUUCCUCUUUUUCUGCAUAAAUAUUUUUUCAUAUCAUUUCCCAAAGUUCUGCAAUUCUGUGCAAUAAUAAUAACAAAAACUAAUGUGUU